UGAGAGGGGACAGAUCAGAGGCCAGAGAAGCUGAAGCACAAUGGAGGAGUCAAGCAGCCAGUCAAACAAGAAAAAAGUUGUAGUGGUGGGCGGUGGUUUGGUUGGGGCGCUGAACGCCUGCUUCUUUGCCAAAAGAGGCUUUGAUGUGGAAGUCUUUGAAAUCCGGGAAGAUAUCCGCAGAGCCAAAGUUGUGAAAGGAAGAAGCAUCAACCUGGCUUUGUCCCACAGGGGCCGGCAAGCACUGAAGCAUGUUGGGAUGGAAGAAAAGAUCGUCUCCCAGGGGAUCCCCAUGCAUGCAAGAAUGAUUCAUUCCCUGAGUGGGAAACAGUCCCCCAUCCCUUAUGGCAAGAAAGGCCAGUUCAUUCUGUCAGUAGAUCGAGCCAAUCUGAACAAAGAGCUGCUGACAGCGGCAGAAAAGUAUCCAAACACAAAGCUGAACUUUGAACGCAAACUGCAGGAUUUGAGUCCUGAAACAGGGCUGAUGACCUUUGCCAGGUCAGAUGGGUCCCACGAGGAAAUCAAGGCAGAUCUGAUUGUCGGCUGUGAUGGAGCUUUUUCUGCUGUUCGCAAGCAGUUCCUUCGUCGCAGCCGCUUUAACUACAGCCAGACCUACAUCCCCCAUGGCUACAUGGAGCUCACCAUGCCACCCAUCAAUGGAGAGUUCGCCAUGAAGCCUAAUUAUCUGCACAUCUGGCCACGAAACACGUUCAUGAUGAUUGCCCUGCCCAACUUGGACAAGACAUUUACCUGUACCCUCUUCAUGCCUUUUGAUGAGUUCGAGAAGAUCACUACAGGAGAUGAAGUCAUCGAGUUUUUCCAGAAUUACUUCCCUGAUGCCAUACCAUUAAUAGGAGCUGAUGCUCUCAAGAGGGAUUAUUUCCGAUUGCCUGGACAGGCCAUGGUGUCUGUCAAGUGCUCCCCAUAUCACAUUGGAGACAAAUGUGUCCUCAUGGGCGAUGCAGCCCACGCAGUGGUGCCUUUCUACGGGCAGGGGAUGAACGCUGGCUUUGAGGACUGCAUUGUCUUUGAAGAAGUAAUGGCUCAGUUCAAUGAGGAUUUCAGUGCUGUACUGCCUGAGUAUACCAGAGUGCGAGUUCCAGACGACCAUGCCAUUGCAGACCUGGCCAUGUACAACUACAUCGAAAUGAGGGCCCACGUCAACUCCAAAUGGUUCCUUUUCAGAAAGCAUAUCGAUAACCUCCUCCACUUCCUCAUGCCAAAGACAAUCAUUCCACUUUACACAAUGGUCACUUUCACUAGGACAAGGUAUCAUGAAGCCGUGGAACGCUGGCACUGGCAAGACAAAGUGAUAAACCGUGGCUUGCUUUUCAGUGCCACAGGAGCUGUUUUGGGAGGCUCCUACCUGCUCAUUAAAAAUCAUUCUCACAUUAACAAGCUCAUCGUACCCGCUGAGAAAAUGUGGGACAGGCUUGUGGCCCUCUGGACCCCCUCAGCGCCGGCUCUGAUCUGACAGACAAGUGCAAAGACUGCGGCAUCAAACACGAGAACUGAGAGAAUCCAAAUUUUAAUUAGAGUUUGACUGAAUCCCCAAAUGAACACAAUGAAGGCUCUGCCAGGCAAGUUGAUGUAGUGUAAUAAUGACUGUGCUAAGUUAUAGUCACAAUGGUUGAUAUGAUUUUACAACAUUUCACCUGUGUAUGAACAAGAGCUGUUUAAUUAAAGAAGCCCAACAGCGUGCCAUCAUCACCACUUGCACAAUUUUCAAUGUGAAAACAGCAAAGUGUCACUAUUAAACUCACAGGAAGUGGCUCAGGGUACAUGCUGUUUAAGAUUAUUUGGAUGUUUACACCCGAACUGCAAAUAAAUGUUUCCUCAGCUCAUCGUUA